AUGAACAAGAGGAACAAACCCAUAUUCGCCGGUGGUUCUUCUAAGCAAUGGAAAGACACAAGCGAAACUGAAGACACUGCAAGCAGCAAACCCAAGGAAGAAGAAAUCGAAGAGAUUGAAUUGGGAAACAUUGAAAUAAUGCAGGAUAUUCUUUCUUACAGAAAUCGGAAAGGAGUGUGGCCAUGGGAAAGCCCACAUGAUUUGCAAACAUUUUGCUUUCCUUAUAUUCAUGUGGGCAUUGGGAACGAAGGUGGGUGGUUAAAGAAAAUUGAAGAGAUGAAGAACAAAUUCAACGAUGAGAGUGCUCCAAUGGAGCAUGUUGAUAAGAAGGAAUUCAAAUUGUGGAAGAAGAUUUGGGGGAAUUAA